GGGCGCAGCGUUUUGAAGUCAUCGGAUUUGUUGGAAUUAUGGGGUCGUCACCAGAGAUGGAGAGGUUUGGUUUGUCUGAUGUGGAAUAUUCGUUCAUGAUGGAUCCUUUGAAACGACGCCACAACCAAUCAAAGAAGCAAACAAUAUACGGGAUUUUCGCCUCAGAUGAUUCUGAUUCAGAGCCUGAAAGAAGUGGCUUCGGUGGACGUGAAGCUGGUUUCAAGCGUAAGGGUGCCAAUUAUUCAGCACCGAUCACCUUUGUCAGUGGUGGAGUGAAGGUAGGGUAUAUUUAUGUUAAGGAAGGCUAGGUGACAAAUAGUGAGAUUCAUCGACGAGCUAACAAUUCAGUGUUCCCAAUUCUAUGUUGUGAAUAGAUUCUUAAGUGUUGCGAUCAUCUGAGAGGUUGUAAUAGUUACAUUGCCGCUUAGUUAUAAAUCACCUUUUUGCUUCUUAUUAUUUCAAGUUGUAUGAACUCAUUAGGCUCCAGUAAAGAUGCCUGGGAUAGAUAUACCCAUUGUUUAGCUAAUAUUUUGGCAGUAAACCUUUACUGUCAAAAUGAUUAAGUAGUUCAGUCGUACGGAAGAUGUGCCAAUUAUUUUUUGUGCAUAAUAGCUGUCUAGAACAUGCAUUUGUUGUGUCUCAUGUUUGUUUCGUUCAUUUAUUCAACUAAUUUGCAAGUCUCGUUUGUCAUGUAAAAAUGUGUUUUCGAAGGUCCUAAGUAUUUUCUGUCAUUGUAGGCAGGUGCUGGUGCUUCGUCUGGUCCGAAAGAAAAUAACGAAGAAGUCGACCAGAUUUCGGAUGAUGAAGACGACAAAUCUGUCCUAAGGAGUUUGCGUCCUUAUCAUGAUUCAGACUCUGACUCACCAAAUUCCGAUAUUUAUCGUAAACCUGACAAGCCUGUGGGCAUAUCCGUUGGGGCCAGUCGACGUGUAGCAGCAGCCGCUGCAGCGGCGAAGUCUGCGACCUCUGGUUUCGGGGCUUGGGAAAGGCACACAAAGGGUAUUGGAAUGAAACUUUUAGAGCAGAUGGGUUACGAACCGGGCAAGGGUCUUGGUUCUGACGGUCGGGGUAUUGUUACUCCAGUUCAAGCUGUCCAACGAGUGGGGAAAGUAUCAGUAGGGUACUAUGGAUCUGAAAAAGCUCCCGCCCCUCGUCGAGGAAAUGAGACUGUCGUUGAAGGUUCAGACUCUGUCGGGCCACGUUACAAGAAAAGGCCUGGAUUACAACGGAGUCAAGCAUUAAAGCCUAUACAGGAGUAUAAAACUACUGAGGAAUUAGUCGCCGAUCUUUGUCCUGCAACCCCUGCUACAGCUGUUAGGCGACAUGGGAUUUUCUUGGAGAACAGUGAAUUGUCCAAAGUAAAGGUUAUCGAUAUGACAAGUAAAGAGCAAAAGGUGUACUCUGGUUAUGAAGCUGCUUUAUCUCGUGUUGUGCAAAGGCGCCGAAAACCGGGAGAUAAUUCUACUCUCUCAGAUGAAGAAAAUCCAGAUGUUGAUGGUAAACGAAUCGAAAAAAGGUUGGAAGGGAAUUUCUUUGAUUGUCCCGCUCUGCGACACAAUUUCGCCCUGAUAAUGCGGUCCGCUGAAGAUGAAAUUAGGAGGUUUGAUCGGGCUGCUAGAUUCGAGGAAGAUCGCGCAGUUGGUUUAGAACAUGAAAUCGAAAAAUUAACUGAGAUAGUUGACGGAGAAGAAUCUGAAGUGAAUCACCUCAAGAAAGCUUUAUUUUUAAUAAAGAAGUUUGAAGAUGAAGUUACGUUUCAUUCAGGCUGUGAUACGAACUUAACAUCUGAAGCUAUUUCAUCUUGGGUAUCACUUAUACGUGAGGAAUGUGCUAACCUAGUAGAAAUGCCUGUUCUCAUGGCAUCGAUCGCUCGCCCAAUGUUGGAUAAUUCACUUGCUAGAUGGGAUCCUCUAAAGGAACCUACAUUUUGUCUCGAUUUGUUGGGACACUGGAGGGAUUUCUUUCAAAAUUCUUGCGCAUUCGAUGUUAUACUUGAAACAAGCUGGUUGAGCGCCAUACGCCGCACUAUCGUUAACGAAUGGAAUCCUCGAGACUGCGAACCUCUCUUGGAGGUUCUCGAAGCCUGGCAACCUUUGUUACCGGAUGAUAUGUUGCAGCGCAAAAUACUCGACCAACUGAUUCUUCCAAAAUUACAGGAUGCUGUUUCCUCAUGGAAUCCGUUAACUGAUACAGUACCUGUUCACACUUGGUUGCAUCCCUGGCUACCUUGGUUUGGAGGAGUUGAACGUCUCGCGUGUUUGCAUGAUAUGGUUCUCCAGAAGUUAGGAAGUUGCCUUACCAACUGGCAUCCUAGUGAUGCAUCUGCCCGCUCAGUCCUAAUGCCUUGGCGAACCAUUUUCCCGGUCACGUCCAUGGCAGCUUUCUUAAGUCGCCAUGUGGUGCCGAAACUUGCUUUAGCGUUGCAACAGUUUCAACUUAAUCCCGCUAAACAAAACAUGGAUCCGUGGAAUUGGGUGAUGCGUUGGGCAGACUUGAUUGGUCCGGCUGUACUUGUAAACCUACUUGAACAUCAUUUCUGGUCACGUUGGCUGUCAGUCCUUUCAAGUUGGCUGAAUCAGGGGGUAGAAGCUAGGCAACGUGGAGACCACACUGCUGCCGGUCAAGUUUAUCAAGAAGUUGGCCGUUGGUAUGCUGGUUGGAAAGGUCAGUUACCUCCUGAGUGUAUGGAAUAUGCAAGUGUCAAAGAUGCUUUGACAAAAGCUUUGGCAAUGAUGGAACGUUCAAUGAGAGGGUUACCGCCUCAAGUAAGUUAUUGUGGGUUUGGAUUCUUUGAGAUGUCAUUUUAAAUACUGUUUGUUGAGUUACUUAGGUGGCUUCUUAACCAUAAGUUCUUCUUAAUUGUAUAUUCACAAAGUUCAGGUGGAUAUGCGAUGCAAGAAUUCCAUUAAAAAGUAGGGAAACUCAAAAUACCAUUACCUAAACUCUAAUGGCUUUCAAAAAUUUAGAUAAAUUUUGUUUGUCAAGUAAAAUAGUUCAUUUAAUCUAACCAUGGAUCUCUCACUCCUGACAUAAUUUUAAAUCAAUUAUAAGAUCGCAAAAUGUAUCAAUUACAUCCACAAUGAUUACGUAACGAGGCUUUCUGCGAUGCAAAUAUGUAACUUCUAAUUAUACGUACGCAUUUCCUAAAUGUCAGGAAACACGUAAUCUAAGAGUACGUAACUUACAAAGUAAUUACUGUUUGCUAAGUCAUUUUGCUAAACAAUACUGCUGACAUCUCCCAAGAGUACCAGAUAAUGGUAGUAGUCUAGUCUGGAAAAAAUAUAUUAUUUGUAGACUUAAGAUAAACUUCUAACUUGCUUUAAGUCUUGUGUACUUCUGGGAAUCCGCACUCUAUUUAGGAACCUCAGGUCUCAAAGCAAGGUCAGUCAGAUGUGUCAAGGUAUCCUGCUGGCUCAUCAGGCGUACUUCCGCCAGCUUUUGGAUCAUCAACACCUUUGGUUGCUCCUCCUCCGACAACACUACGUAAACAAGUUGAACAAGUAGCAGCGCAGCGCGGCUUCUUAUUCCAUCCUAUUUCAAACAGGAUGUUCGAAGGUCAACAAGUAUACAGACUGGAAUCAUUACAAGUGUUUUUCGACCGCAACGUCAGUUAUGUGUACAAUCCCAGUGAUGGUGGCUGGCUUCCUGUUACAUUUGCUGAGUUGAUGACCCGUGCUCAGUACUGACUUAAUCUUUUGAUUUUGUAAAUUUCUUUUUCAAACAUUACUUCUCACAAGGUUAUUGUAUAUAGUUACUUCCAGAUUUUCUUUGUAAUUUCUCCUGAGUGAUAUAAAAAGAUAAUUGCGAU